CGGGCGGCGGCGGCGCCCCCCCCCCCCCAGUCCGGGGCUGCGUGAGGGGGGGGGCGCGCGCGCGCCCGCCGGGGAUGAAUGUGGGAGAAGAUGGAGACCAAGACGAUCGUGUACGACUUGGACACGUCGGGGGGGCUCAUGGAGCAAAUCCAAGCCCUGCUGGCCCCCCCGAGGAGCGAGGACGGGGACAAACGGGGCGGCGGCGGCGGCAGGAAGCCGGAGAAGGAGCCCCGCCGCAGCGGCCGCGCCACCAAUCACGACAGCUGCGAUAGCUGCAAGGAGGGCGGGGACCUGCUCUGCUGCGACCACUGCCCCGCCGCCUUCCACCUCCAGUGCUGCAACCCUCCAUUGAGUGAAGAGAUGCUGCCGCCCGGGGAGUGGAUGUGUCACCGCUGUACCGUUCGCCGGAAGAAACGGGAGCAGAAGAAGGAGCUAGGCCAGGUCAACGGGCUGGUGGACAAGAGCGGCAAGCGCACCACGUCCCCCAGCAGCGACCCGGACUUCUUGGACCGGACGUCCGGCAAAACGGACCUGAAGGCCAUCGCCCAGGCCCGGCUCCUGGAGCGAAGGGCCAGCCGGCCCGGCACGCCCACGUCCAACGCCAGCACGGAGACCCCCACCUCAGAGCAGAAUGACGUGGAUGAGGACAUCAUCGACGUGGAGGACGAGGCGGCGGGGGCGGCGGCGGAGGGGGACUGUGGCCAGCCCCAGCUGAAGCGGCCCUUCGAGCUGCUGAUCGCGGCCGCCAUGGAGCGCAACCCGACCCAAUUCCAGUUGCCCAACGAGCUGACUUGCACCACCGCGCUACCAGGUACUAGCAAGAGGAGGAGGAAGGAGGAGACGACGGGGAAAAAUGUCAAGAAGACACAGCACGAGUUGGAUCACAAUGGACUGGUCCCUUUGCCAGUAAAAGUUUGUUUCACCUGCAACAGGAGUUGCAGGGUGGCCCCUCUUAUCCAGUGCGACUAUUGCCCCCUCCUGUUCCACAUGGACUGCCUUCAACCGCCGCUCACUGCCAUGCCCUUGGGCAGAUGGAUGUGCCCAAACCACAUCGAACACGUGGUGCUGAACCAGAAGAACAUGACCCUGAGCAACCGGUGUCAAGUGUUUGACCGCUUCCAAGACACCAUUUCUCAGCACGUGGUCAAGGUGGACUUCCUCAGCCGAAUCCAUAAGAAGCAUCCCCCCAACCGCCGAGUGAUCCAGUCCGUCAAGAGAAGAAGCUUGAAGGUUCCGGAUGCCAUAAAGUCUCAGUACCGGUUUCCGCCCCCGCUCCUCGCCCCGGCGGCCAUUAGGGAUGGCGAGCUGAUCUGCAACGGGAUUCCCGAGGAAUCGCAGAAGCACCUUUUGAAGUCUGAGCACUUAGCGAGCCAGUCAGAGCAGCAAGAGUGGCUCUGUAGUGUUGUUGCCCUCCAGUGCAGCAUAUUGAAACAUUUAUCUGCUAAGCAGAUGCCUUCGCAUUGGGACUCUGAACAGACAGAGAAGGCUGAUAUUAAGCCUGUUCUUGUGGCAGGCAGCUCGGUUGCCACCUCUCCGCAGGCAGCUGACAAGGCACCUCCUCCCCCGUCCCUUUACGGCCCACCCUGCCCCCCGGGGGUCCCCGCCCAGAGCCCCCUGGGCUGCCCCCCGGCCCAGCCACCUCCGCCCCCCGACGACGUCACCUGCGCCUCCCGUACGGACAGGUCCAAGAAAGCGGCGGCGGCGUCCUGCGCGACCGCCAACGGGCCCACGGGCUCGGAGGCGAGAGCCAACGGCCCCCACCUGUACGGCGUGCCCCCGGACCCCACGGCCCAGCCGACGGACUCGCGGCGCCUCCCGGGCCCCGGGAGCGCCCUCCCGCUCCCCUCCCCCCGGCAGGCCUGGUCCAGGCCCCCGGCGGGCGGGGGCCCGCCCAACCACGCGCUGGGCCUGGUCGUGAAGACGGAGGGCACCGUCGCGUGCGCCCAGAGGAGCGUGGCCCCCGGCCCGGGCCUGCCCCCCUCCAUUCCCGGUUCCUGUGCCAGCCUCGAGACCACCAGCACUUUGCAAAGGAAGAACGUCCAGACGCAGAUAGGACCCCCGCUCUCGGAGCCGCGGCCUCUCGGGUCCCCCCCGAACGCCACCCGGGCGCUCACCCCACCCCAGGCGGCGGGCGAUGGCGGAGCCAGCCAGCGAUUCUGCUCACCAGCUCCCACUUCGGAUGACAAGGUCAGCCCCGGCACAUUCGCCAUAGGAAGCGCUUUAAGCAUCCAUUCUCUCCCGCCCAACUCUACCACUAUGGUGGACCUCACCAAUUCCCUGAGAGCGUUCGUGGAUGGGAACGGAGAGAUCGAGAUCAAUAUGCUGGACGAGAAGCUGAUCAAGUUUCUGGCCCUGCAGAGGAUACAUCAGCUGUUCCCUUCCAAAGCACAGGCCCCGGGCGGGAGCGCAGGCACCCAUCAGCUACCCCCGGGGGGGCACCACCCAGAAGUGCAAAAAAGAGAGGUUCAGGCCCGGGCGGUGUUUUACCCCCUCACGGGGCUCGGGGGGGCCGUGAACAUGUGCUAUCGGACCCUCUACAUCGGAACAGGAGCUGACAUGGAUGUGUGCCUUACAAACUACGGUCACUGUAACUACGUGUCGGGUAAACACGCCUGCAUAUUUUACGAUGAGAAUACCAAGCAUUACGAGCUGUUGAACUACAGCGAGCACGGCACCACGGUGGACAACGUUCUGUAUUCGUGUGACUUCUCUGAGAAGACCACCCCAACCCCCCCGAGCAGUAUUGUUGCCAAAGUCCAGAGCGUCAUCAAACGGCGCCGGAGUCGGAAGCAGGAGGAGGAGGAGGCGGCGGCGGCGGCGGCGGCGGCGGCGGCGGCGGGGGAGGCGGCGGCGGCGGCGGUGAUGAGCGCGCAGGCGCAGGGGCCGCCCCGGAGACCCUGCAGCUGUAAGGCCAGCAGCUCCAGCCUGAUCGGGGGCAGCGGGGCCGGCUGGGAGGGCACCGCCCUGCUCCACCACGGCAGCUACAUCAAGGUGGGCUGCCUGCAGUUCGUCUUCAGCAUCACCGAGUUCGCGACCAAACAGCCCCGGCCCGGGGACGCGGCCCCCGUGCCCGACGCGGGACUGUCCCUCAAGCCCCACCAGGGGCCCGUGCUGCGCUCCAACUCUGUGCCCUAGCCGCCGGUCAGACCCUCCCCCGGCCCCCGCCCCGACGCCCGGGACUCCCGCAAUGCAAAAAUGUACAAAACGAACCGAGCCCGGGUUUUUCUAU